AGUGAACCCAAUCGAUUUUUAGUCUUUGGUGAUUUCUUUUUAUUAUUUAUUUAUUUUAAAGACAGGAUCGACGACAAGGAUUGGUUUGGAUUUUCUUAAUACCACAAAAAAGUAACAACUGACAGAACAUUACGAGCAGGAUUGAUCCAGUGUUGCAAAACACAGAAAAACUCUACUUUCGGUCUAAGCGUAUCAACUGAGUUACGAUCGUCCCCCACUCUCCUUGGCCGCGUGCAUGCCACCGUCACAUGAAACCUCGUACCUAGCCUCCCUGAUACAAAAAUGCACCUCCAUAACCACCCUCAAAAAAGCCCGUCAACUCCAUGCUUUCCUCCUGACCAUCUCUUCAACAUCCCUUCAUUUCCCUUCCCCGUUUGUCCACAACAAUCUUGUAUCCAUGUACUCGAGAUGCAACUCCCUUGUGGACGCUAAGAAAGUGUUCGACAAAACGCCCAGUAGAAAUGUGGUUUCAUACAAUGCGCUCAUUUCAGCUUAUUCUCGAGAUCCAAACCAUGCUAAUUUAGCCUUUAGAUUGAUUCCCAAGAUGGGUUUUGAGUGUUUAAGGCCUAAUGGUGCCACAUUCACGAGCUUGUUACAAGCUGCUUCUUUGGUUGAGGAUAAGUUGAUUGGUUCUUUGUUACAUGCUCUUGUUGUAAAGUAUGGAUUCCUAGGUGAUGUUUGUGUUCAAACUUCAUUACUUGGGAUGUACUCGAAUUGUGGGGAUUUGGAAUCGGCUAAUGAAGUUUUUGGCUGCAUAGAUGACAAGGAUGUUGUUGCUUGGAAUUCUACAAUAUUUGGGAACUUGAGGAAUGAUAAGAUAAAGGAAGGGCUUAAUCUCUUUUUUGAUAUGCUUAAGUGUGGGGUUUUUCCAACCUCAUUUACGUAUUCAAUGGUGUUAAAUGCUUGUGGUAGGAUGGGGAAUUAUGGUUGUGGGAAAGUUAUCCAUGCCCAAGUUGUCGUUUCGAAUAUAGUAGUUGACCUACCUUUGCAAAAUGCCUUGCUUGACAUGUACUGUAAUUGCGGUGAUAUUGAAAUGGGAUUGAAUGUUUUUAGUAGGAUUGAAAACCCUGAUUUGGUUUCUUGGAACUCAAUGAUGGCGGGAUUGGCAGAGCAUGGAGAUAGAAUGAAGGCCAUCGAGCUUUUUAUCCAGUUGAAGGCGCUGUCUUUUCCUAAGCCUGAUGAGUAUACCUUUGCUGCUGUCAUUUCCGCGACUAGUGCACUCUUAGCAUGUGAUUACGGGAAGCCCUUGCAUGGUCAAAUUACAAGAUCAGGACUGGAAAGUAGUGUUUUUGUAGGAACCACGCUUGUGUCCAUGUAUUUCAAAAAUGGUGACAGUGAAUCUGCUCAGACGAUUUUCAGUAUGAUCUUAAAGAAAGAUGUGGUUCUCUGGACUGAAAUGAUUAUGGGCUAUUCUAGAAUGGCUGAUGGGGACAGUGCCAUUAGAUUGUUCGUUGAAAUGCGUCAAACAGGGCAUAAGAUCGAUAGCUUUGUCCUCAGUGGAGCAUUAAGUGCUUGUGCUGACAUUGCAAUGCUGAAACAAGGUGAGAUGAUUCAUUCCCAGGCUAUAAAAACUGGAUAUGAUGUUGAAAUGUCUGUUUGUGGUAGUCUGAUUGAUAUGUAUGCCAAAAAUGGAAACCUUCAAGUUGCUCAAGCAAUAUUUUCCUUGGUUCCUAACCCUGAUUUAAAGUGUUGGAAUGCAAUGCUUGGGGCAUAUAGCCUCCAUGGAAUGGCAGAAGAUGCAUUGAAGCUAUUUGAGGAGAUCCUAAAACAUGAACUAAGACCAGAUCAAGUAACAUUUUUGUCUCUACUAUCUGCUUGUAGCCACGGUGGCUUGGUUGAUAGGGGAAAGUUCUUGUGGGGUUAUAUGAAGGAAAAUGGUUGCACGGCAGGGCCCAAGCACUAUUCUUGUAUGGUAAGUUUGCUUUGUCGAGCAGGAUUAUUGGAUGAGGCAGAGAAAAUAAUUAUAGAAUCACCAUACAGUGAAGAACAUCUGGAACUCUGGAGAACUUUGCUAAGCUCUUGUGUCACUUAUAGAAACUUGGAAAAGGGAGUGCAUGCAGCAAAGCAAGUUUUAUUGCUUAAUUCAAGAGAUAGUGGAACCCAUAUUUUGCUUUCAAAUCUUUAUGCUGCUACAGAGAGAUGGGAAGGUGUAACAGUAAUGAGGAGAAAGAUAAGAGACUUUACGUUGGAAAAGGAUCCUGGGCUAAGUUGGAUUGAAGAUAAGAACAAUAUUCAUGUGUUCUCUUCUGGAGAUCAAUUGCAUCCCCUGGUUAACGAUGCACAAGCUGAACUGCAUAGGCUACAAGGGAACAUGAUAAAAUCAGUAACAAAUGACUUUGUUUCAAGUAUUUAGCUCAACAUGAGAUACACUGCAAGAAAACUGAGAAGCUUGCAAAUUAUUACUGUGAUAACUGCUCUCCUAGCCAGCUGAGGACAGGUACUAUGGGCUUAGAUUGGAUUAUAUGAAUGGAUUGAGUUGGAUACCAACACAAAUUGUUGCACGUAUCCAACAACCAAAAUGCCAAACUGCAUAAAUUCCCUCUAGAUUUCCAGAACUUUGCAAUUUGUCAGCUAUAAGCAAACAUUAAUAAGCUCUUCUAUCAAAAUCAAUGCAUAUUCUUUUUCGGAAGCUUGUGAUCCAAAUUUUAUGAAUAUGUUUAUAUAUUUUUUAAUUUUAUGAAAAGAUUGAUAUAUUUUAUGAUAUCUUGUAAACAAAAUAUAAUCCAACAUGAAUAGAUUGAUAUAUUCAUGCGACAUUCUUGUACCUUGUUUAAGUCACUUUCUUAUGUGGGCCUACUGAACU